AUCUCCUUACUUCACGUCUAUUUCGCCUCAUUCCGCACUAGUUGUUGUGCUCCACCUGGUUUACAUGUGCCAUAUAUGAACAUGUGUGUGUCUGUACAAGUGAGAUUGUUUUUGUUACUGGAUCCGCAUCCACGUUUGGCAUCCGAUGCCCUUCGGUUUCUUGGUCUCUCCGUCCAAGUUCGGAUUGAAUGGCCUCCGACGGUUGAGCAUCUCAUGAAUGGUGACCAAAUGACCCACUGGCACAAAUGUACAAUGACGCCUACGCCAAUUGGUCUGCGCACCUCCUUGUACUCCAGCAUUCCAAAAUCAAGUGACUGCGUAAGUGCAUCUGCCUCGUUGCCUGCCUGUCGGUACUGCCUAUCUGUGUGUUCUUCCGGGUUGAGGGAUGAACGGGUUGGAAAGGGUAGAAAAUGCCGUAUGUCUACGGGGCCUCGGGAGCACUGGGCUAGAAAAAUUGCAGAAGAUCAAUUUCCAAGCUCAUAUACAUCUGUCGCUAUUGAAGAAGCAUUAUUGGCCAUCGGCCCAUCGUCUCACGACAUCUGCACCUCAGCCCUUUCUCUUCACCAUUACCUUUCGUCCUUCACCUUUGAACGUCUGGAACGCGCUGCACAGCUGACCAGCUACAAUCUACAGAGUCUUUCACUCUCCAUUCCUUCGGGCGUUCAUCUGACCGACCUGUUGGAUGCUGGAAGACUGUCGAGCUUUGAAUUGCUGGCAGGCCCCGUCGCGCCUCUCGCGGUCACCGCUGUGGGCCUCGGAGCUGGUUCGGGAGUCGAGUUGAGCCGCGAAGCGCCACGGGGCAGGAAGAAGCACCAGCAGCAGCAGCAUCAACACCAACAGCAGGCCCCAGUAGCAACUGAGGCACAACUCCAAUUCCAGCAGUCACAACAACAACAGCAGCAACAGCUUGAGCAGCUGCAGAAUCACCUUCACCAGCACUUGCCUCACCACUCUAUACAACCUCAGCAGACGCAGCAGCAACAGCAGCUGCAGUCUAUCCUUCUGCCCCAGCACUCGGGACUUCAGGUACCGGAAGAAGUCGGCGUAUACUCUGCCGAAGCGUUACGUUCUGUACAGUCUACCAAUCUUGCCUUUGAUCUAGCCUCUAUAGCUGCGGCAGCAUCGAUGCGCCAACUAGAGCCACAUUUGCAUCAAACGGAUGAUGCCGAGCUGACGAGGCAGCAGCUCAACCGGCGCGGACGGUCACAGGAGGCCAAGGCAUCCCGGAAGCAGACUCAACAACAACAACAACAACAUCAGGAACGGGAGCAAUUGCUUCUUCUCCAGCGUGCUCCACAUCAUCAGCAAUACCAACAUUUGAUAUACGGCCAGCCAUUGUCCGACCAACAGCAACAGCAGCAGCAACAACAGGCGCAACAGGUGAGGGAUAAUGCCUCAAACAUACGAGCAGUAUUCAUGUAA